AUGGGUGACAUCUCGCUUCUGAUCAAUGGAGGAUCUUCUAUGCACACUCCUCAAAUCGUUACUAUUCAAAGUGACAACUCCCCGCUCCCUGUCGGCGUCACCCCGACUGAGAUCAAUUAUGCCUUAUGGUCUCAAGUCAUGGAGAAGGGCAUUGUUGCACACGAACAAUUAGGUUACCUAACCGGUGACACUCCAAAGCCUCAUGAGCCCUCGUCCACCUACAACAAUGGUGUACCGAGAACUUUCGAGUCAAUGAGUGAAUUGGAUCAUCUUCAUGUUCACCUUUUUCUUGUCGGUCUUGACCCUGAGUUUGAUCAAGUCAUGGGGGAAAUCCUAUGCAAAGAUCCUAAAUUAGACCUUGAUCAAACCUUUGCCUAUACUUCUACUGGUGGCUCUUCUCAGAAUAAGGCCUCAGGAUCUCGUCCGGAGAAGAAGUGCACCCACUAUGGAGGAGACAAACAUACACGUGAUGGCUGUUACAAACUGAUUGGGUACCCAGAUUGGUGGGACCACUCCAAAGCUCACCGCAGGAAUAGGAGCAAAGCACUCAACACAUCUUCUGAAUCAGAUCAUGUAAGUCCUGCUGUUUUGGCUACAUCGGCUCCAGCAUCUGCCUUUGUAACCACAAAAGGACAUUCUCAGCAGCAAGACGAUUGA